UUAGAGAGAGAAAGAGAGAGAGAUGAUUUGUCUACUAGUUUCAUAUAUAGAUAAGACAGACUUCAGUAGCUUCUGUUCUUCUCUGUCUAAUGAUGAAAGACUCUGAAGAAGCUGAGCUUUGCUUUCCACAACAACUCAAUGCAUCAUGCAGCAAGACCAUGCUUCCUCCCUCAGUAUCGUUGUUGAUUUACAUUACUCUGUCAUUCAUCUCUUUACUCACUGUGACACUCAACCUUCUGGUCAUCAUCUCUAUCUCCCACUUUAAGAGGCUCCACAGCCCCACCAACAUCCUGCUGCUCUCUCUGGCUGUCUCAGACUGCCUGGUGGGAUUCCUCAUUUCAUUCCAGAUAGUGCUGAUAGAUGGCUGCUGGUAUCUUGGAGACAUCAUGUGUGCCCUCUAUGUUGUUUUGGACUAUGCCAUCACUGCUGCCUCAAUAGGAACCAUGGUGCUCAUUUCAGUUGAUCGUUACAUGGCCAUCUGUUACCCCCUGCAUUACUCCAGCAAAGUCACUACAGGACGAGUGAAGAUGUGUGUUUCACUGUGUUGGAUGAUUGCUUUUCUUUGUCACAGCCUGCUCCUGAAAGACAGCUUGCAAAAACCAGGCAGGUAUAAUUCCUGCUUUGGAGAGUGUGUAGUUGUCCUAGAUUAUGUUGGAGGAAUAGUUGAUCUUUUGAUAUCUUUUAUUGGUCCAGUUGCUGCCAUCCUCAUUCUGUAUGUGAGAGUGUUUGUAGUGGUUGUGUCUCAGGCUCGAGCCAUGCAGACUCACGUUGCAGCGGUCUCACUCCAGGGCUCAGUGAAAAUCACAGCUAAGAAAUCUGAAAUCAAGGCAGCUGUUAUCCUUGGUGUUGUCGUAGUUGUGUUUCUAAUAUGCACCUGCCCAUAUUUCUGUGUUAUUCUUAUGGCAGAAGAUGCUGCAGUCAAUGCUUCAUCUGUGACUUUUCUUCUGUUUUAUUUUAAUUCCACCCUGAACCCUCUGAUCUACGCCCUGUUUUACCCCUGGUUUAGGAAAUCAGUUAAAUUCAUUCUUACACUGCAGAUAUUGAAGUCUGACUCAUCUGACACUAUUGUGAUGUGAAGAAAUUAGCCUCUGAUCUAAAUAUGUAUUUUAUUGGAGGAAAAGAGAACAAUUAAAACGUCUAAGGUAUUGCUGUUGUCAUGUUUGAAGCUGGCACAACCUAAGCUUCUCUUUGGUCACUCAUUACUGGGAGAGGCAACAUUUUGCACUUUGGACCAACAUUAGGUAGAAGAUAUUCAUAUUGACUCAUUAUGUGUACAUUGUAUAUUUGGUAAUAAGCUUAGAUCGAAGAACAAUGUUUAAAUUGAAGAGCAGAGUGACUAAAUCUCAGGUCAUUUUAGUGCAAUCUGAUGUUAUUAGAUGGGUAUUUGAACAGUUAAUAAGCACAAAGUUAUUACAGUAUCUCUAGUUCAAGCCUAUAUAAAGAUUUGAUUUUUAAUAGAAAAAUACUCAUACAUAUAAAUUAUUUGUGUGAAAAAAUAUCCUAACAGAAGUGAGUACACCAAUAAGUGCACGAAAUUAUUUCAGGGUGAGCACCAGCUUUUUUGAUGAGAUUAACAGCACAGACUGUUCAAUGAAAGCAACAGAAUGACUUACAGAACAAAAGACAAGAGAUGUGAAGCGAAGACCAGUAGGAGGAGCCACUGACACUGACUGCUCUGCUCUGCUCUCUCAGUCGGUGUGACAGAUGGCUGCAUGUACUGAGUCAGGUUGGUUCUGCUGGAGAUUUCUUCCUGUGAAAGGGGAGUUUUUCCUCUCCACUGUCGCUACAUGCAUGCUUGGUAUGACGAAUUGCUGUAAAGUUAACAACACAAUGCAAGCGAUUGUUGCUACGGCCUCAUCCAGGAGGAGAGAAUGCUGCAAGUCAAUGAAUAAAUGCUCUGCUGGGUUUCCUUAGAUAGGAAUGUUUUAAACUAAUAUGAAUAAGCUUAACAUAUUCUUUAAUAACUAUGAUCAACUGGAAUGUAAAAUGACUUCUUUUGUAAAGUGUCUCAAGAUGAUACUUGUUGUG